CGGGACUAUAUAGUAAUCAAAGUCGUGCACUUGGUUUUCAUAUCAUAUGAUAAUGUAUGGUGCUUGAUUUAGGCGUUUGGUUACAAUACAUGCAAGAAGCACAAUGACGUUUUAUUAACCCGGAAAUAACAGUCGGUAAGACAGCUGAGAGAGCGAGAGCGAGAGAGGCUCAGAUAUAGAGAAGGAGAGAGAGAGAUCUAAAGCCUUCUCUUCUGGAGCUUAUAGCGUGCUACCUGGACUCCAUACGUUUUUUCAUCGCUUUACAUUCAAAGGAGGAUGUUGCCUGCUGGGAUUGCAUUUUAGAUCACUGUAGUGCAUCAGGGAGUAAAUUGGAUGGAUCAUCAUUUAUAUUGUUAGUAUUUCUGUAGGAUUGCGACCUUGGCGAGUGCCUAGGUAGGCCUCCCUUCUGUCACCUCCUCUGCUUUUCUGCUGGUACGUUGUCAUGGGGAACCUUCUAAAAGUUUUGACAUGCACAGACCUUGAACAAGAGCCCAACUUCUUCCUUGAUUUUGAAAAUGCCCAGCCAACAGAAGCAGAGCGGGAAACGUGGGAAGAAGUGGAUGUGGUCCUGAAGGAUGCACUGGGAAUACUUGACGAACUACAGGCGUAUAAAGGUGCGGGCCAAGAGAUACGAGAGGCGAUCCAGAACCCUAAUGACGAGGCAUUACAAGACCAGGCGUGGGCUGCUGUGGUGCCACUAGUAGGCAAACUAAAGAAGUUCUACGAAUUUUCACAGAGAUUAGAAGCAGCACUGCACAGUCUAUUGAGAGCACUCACUAGUGAGACAUACGAUGACCCCACACAGCAUCUGGAGAGAGAGCAGGCCCUUGCAAAACAAUUUGCUGAGAUCCUACACUUCACACUGCGCUUUGAUGAGCUCAAGAUGACAAAUCCUGCUAUUCAGAAUGACUUCAGUUAUUACAGGAGGACCCUAAGCCGCAUGAGGAUCAAUAACGUUCCUGCAGAGGGAGAAAAUGAAGUGAAUAAUGAGCUGGCCAAUCGGAUAUCUCUUUUUUAUGCUGAUGCCACUCCCAUGCUGAAGACAUUAAGUGAUGGCACAACAAAAUUUGUAUCUGAGAAUAAAAACUUGCCCAUUGAAAACACCACAGAUGUACUGAGCACCAUGGCGAGCGUGUGUAAAGUUAUGUUGGAAACCCCAGAGUACCGCAGCCGCUUCAGCAGUGAUGAAACUGUUUCCUUCUGUCUGCGUGUCAUGGUGGGGGUCAUCAUCCUAUACGACUACGUCCAUCCCGUCGGUGCAUUUGCGAAGUCCUCCAAAAUAGACAUGAAAGGCUGCAUUAAAGUGCUCAGAGAUCAGCCACCAAACAGUGUGGAAGGUCUUCUAAAUGCUCUCAGGUACACAACAAAACAUCUUAAUGAUGAGUCAACCACUAAGACCAUUAAAAGCAUGCUGCAGUAGCAACAAACUCUGGGACAUACACCACUGGCCUCAAGCAAAUGCUCAGGAGAUGCACAUACACUCUCUCUCCUGGACUAAAGCGAUGCACAGAAUGUUUUUCCUUUCCUUUCCUUUUCUUUUCUUUUUUUUUUUUUUUUUUUUUAUUAAACAGAAAAAAAAAAUCAGAUAAAAGCUUCUCUAAUCUUUCCUUGUCUUUUUACAAAACAGAUGCUACUGGCGUUAUGUGUGGUUUUCUGUGCCAAAAUGGUUUUGCUGAAAUCCUUUGUUUUUAAUGUUCCUAAAAGAUAGCCAUGCUACUGAUGGCAGCUAUGAAAGCAUUGUUAGAUUAUAUUUGUGGUAAGUGUUUUAAUUUAGCUUGUUUCCCUAUAAAGGGAGGGUGUGUUUUGACUUGAAUAUAAAUAUCUAUAUAUUAUCUAUAUGAUCUAAAUACACACAAUUAUAUAAAAAGAGAGAAAAUAUAUUAUUUUUGUUUGAAUUAAUAUUUAAUGUUACAUCCACUGCAUGGCAAAAUGAUUACAUUUCUUCUAUUUAAACGAAAACUAAUGUUUCAAAAUCAUUUGUCUGUUUGAUUUUGUGUUAAGGAAAAGAUGUUUAAAUUAUGUUUUCAAAUGGUACUUGGAGAUCAAAAAUGGAGAUUAAUUGAUAGAUCUUUUCAAGUUUUAUAUUUUUUAUAGUUCUUGAUUUAUGUCUUUUGUUUUUCCAUAGGUGUUAUAAUUUUCUUUUGUUCUUUUUUUUUUUUUUGAUCUGAAAACUAGCUUUUAAAAACUGUGAUAGAUCGUAAUCUGUGUCAGAUGUGAUGACAACAUGAACGUAAGGAAAUAAAAUGCUUUCAUUUUUUAUAAUGAAA